AUGAAUUUGUCAGCAGUGUCUUUGUCUCAACAAACAUUUUUUGUGGCAGUUGAUACUAUAAUUCAUGUGUAUCGAUUACUUGAGGAAGAAAAUCCCACUGAAGUGGCACAGGAUUCAUCCCUAAGAGAGCCUAUAAAAAAACUUCAACUGGGUAUGCUUGGAUUUGAAGAAGUUUUAGUAUGUGUUGAUGAUUUUGGUGAGGUGUGCGUGUGGUAUACUGCUAAUCUUGAUCGAACCCCAAUUCGUUUCAUCAACGAAGAAUCGACGUGGGGUAUAGCUCUACAUGGUCCCAAACGUUUAUUAGCUGUCAGUUCGAAUUCUCAUAAAAUCACAAUUUAUGAUCUUCGGAAUGGAUUAAAAGAUCCAAAAAAUCCGAAUGAUAUGGAUUUGUCUGAAAAUGUGAAUAUACAAGGAACGUCAUUUUUACCUUCUACUUCGAAGUUGGAUAAAAACGGAAUAUUACAUUAUUCAUUGGUCGGUCACACUCACAAUAUACCAAAUAUAUCAUUCAGUCCUUGUGGUCAAUAUUUGGUUUCAUGUAGUGUUGAUUGUUCUUGUCGAGUAUGGAAUGUUCAAACGGGUGGAGAAAUAGUGGGUAAGGAUAUAUCUCGUCUCUGGGGUUGGUCCGCGCGCUUCGUUUCAUCGUCAAGUUUUGAAUUUGUUCCAGAAAACAAAAUAAGCAAAACUAUUACUAUUCGUAAACCUAAAAACCGAACACGACGUCAAAAUAAUCAAAAUAAUCAAUCUGAUAUAAAUAUCAUGAAUACAGUAAUAAGAUCACAUAUUUCUAUGCGUGAGAGAGUUCUUAACUUAGAUUCAGAAUAUGAAGACGGAUACUUUUUCCCCCCUGAGGAUGAAUCAUUUGAAAGUAAACGAAUGUACGGCGUACGCGAAUUUGUACCAUCCAUUGAUUAUGAACGUGAACGUGAUUAUGAAAGUGAUUCGCGUACUAUUCCUAUGACGGAUGAUGAAUGGACCUUGUCUUCUGAAAAUCAUGAUCGCGAGGAGAACGAACAGGUUGGAGUAGUUGCGAAUUAUCAAUACUCUCAUUGGGUACCUCGUGAAUAUUCGUAUAGUGCCACCUCACCUCCUUAUUCUCCACAAACGCCACAAUAUUUUAAUUUUGCCUAUUCAAAUAGUAAUUCUGAACAUCGAUCAGUUCCACCUCCGCCUACACCACGUCCAGCUUCUGCGAAUUUUUCCCCAAUCGUAAUGUCUAGACAAACAUCUUCAGGUUACUUGGUCUCUACUCCAAAUCGUCAACCCCCAAAUAACCCUAGAACAGCACGAUUUACACCAAUAUCUCCAACUUAUUUUCCAACUUCACCAGCUUAUGUUCUAAGUCCUACUUAUUCGCCUACCUCGCCUCAAUAUUCAGAGAUGUCACCUGUUUAUUCGCCGACUUCACCAAACCACAUCGAAUCACCUAAUUACGGAAACACAUCACCAAUAUCUAAUUAUAGUAAUUCCACAUUAAAUUAUGGUGAUACUUCCAAUCACGAAGCUACUUCCUCUAAUCGUGAAGAUGCUAUUUCUAAUUGCCCCGUUACCCCUGAUUAUGGGACUAUUACCCCUACCUACGAAUCUGCUACUCCCGCUUACGAACCUGCCACCCGCAAUUAUGGAGCUAUCACCCCUGAUUAUGGAUCUACUACUUCUGAAUACGGAAAUACCUCACCAAAUUACAAUCCUUCUCCUAGUUAUGGUGCUACUUCCUUUUCCCCUAUUCGCGAAGAAACUCCCCAAACUAUUUAUGAUGAAAAUUAUAAUGACACUGGAUCAAAUAGUGAUGGUGAUGAUUCGCCAAAUAAUGAAUUUGGAAUGCAACCACCUUCUCCAUUAUUUUCACCAAGUACACCAUAUUCAAUACCAACUUCACCCACGUAUAGAGAAGCCCGCGAAGAUUCAACAAUUGAUGAUACUAGUGAAUCUAGAUAUAGUGAUACCCCAAUUUCUCUUGAUGAUGAUAGUUCAUUGUCUUCCCAAGAAGAACAAUCGUCUUUACAAUCACGAGAGAGUCCCGGUAUAAACGCGUAUGAUAAUUAUGAUAAUAAUGCUAGCCCAUCACAUUCAACUACUUCGGGAGAGUCUUCGGGACGUCGAUCAUACGAGAGACAAUCAAAUUAUAGUCCAACAUAUAUACGCCUUGUGCGGAGAAAUUUGUCAUUAUUUACGGAUUUAAAUGAUAAUAUAUCAACAGAUGAAUCAGGAUUCACUCGUAUAAGUGAUCGCAGUAUUAAAAGCAAUAAUCGAACUAAGAAGAAAUCCAUAUUAAAGAAAACUCCUCAGCAGAAAUCCCAAAAUGCUAUUAAUGAACUUAUACUUUUUGGUACACAAACUGAUUUAUAUCUUUUAGAUCCUAAAUCUGAUUUGUGUAUACUGGAUUGUAAAAAAAGUAUUGUAACAAGAAAUGAUAUAAGGCGUGGAAUGAACAUUGCAGAAUUUGAACGGUUGAAUAUGAUUGAGUAUGUACCAGAGCUUUCACUUGCAAUUGUGGCUAGCCAAAAAGGAGAAAUUAAUUAUUCUCUUCAUCCCGAAAUCAAUUUACCUACAUUUCCUUUGCCACCUUCGCCCUUAUUAGGAAUGUUUAUCGUGAAAAAUGAAAAUUUGCCAAAGAAUUCUUCAUUGUUUUAUUGUUGCCUUUAUCUGAUUUAUUUAAAUGGAGAAUUUUAUUGUUAUGAUAUACGAAAAUCGGAAGAAAAUUAUACUUUGGGAGUACCCGAAAAAAUUUGGUUAUAA